ACUAAAACGGAGAUAAAUUUGUCGUUUGUUAGCACUGAUAUCGUUUAAAAACUUUAACCUGCUUGGUGUAAACUAAGAGAUAUUUGUUCCUUUAGUCGUCACAAACAAGUUUUCUUCAGGUACACAGUGUUUCAUGAUGAACCCAUCAGGCGGCAUGCAGGACCCUGACCUCAUGGUGGGGGUCGAGGUCCCUGACAGGUCCAGUGGACAGCAGGUUACCACACCUACAGACAUGAUGAGAAUAAAACAGCAGAUGGUCAACCAGUGCUUUGAGUUAUCAACACAGCUCAGUGCAGGAAAAAAUAAGAGAUCAUGUAGCACAUCAGCUGCUGAGAGAGCUUUGCCAGAAUACAUCAGUGAGCUGGAAAAGGUGAAGACACUUCAUUUUAACAGCACACUGGCAUUGCACAGAAUGCAAAUGUGGCACGCUAUUGCAGAAAAGCUGAAAGAGAACGAUUCAGAAGCUGAUGCAAUGAAAGCUGUGACUGAACGUUGCAUGACUCUUUGUUCACACAUAAAACAGCUGCAGCAGGAAUCAAGAAGCCUUCAAAAUGAAAUCACAGAAAUACAGAAGGAGAGACUCGAGAUGAAACGGCUCACACACGAGAAUAUGAAAAAGAUGGAAGAGCUAAUGUCGAAGAAGGAGCACCCAGAAACCGAGAAGUACAAAGCUGCUUUGGAAAAAGGCCUGGCUAACCUGGAGAAAUACAAAAGCAUCACCAUCAUGACACAGAAUGUCCUCAGGGGCAUCUUCUUGGCCUGUAAAAUCAACUGGCUGGAUGACCCCAAACUGCAAGAGAUUGGCAUGACGUUGGAAGAAUUACCCAUCUCUGACUAGAAU